AUGAAAGAUGAUGGAUGCGAGAAAGAAAUUAGUAUGAGGCAUGAAAGUACGAGAGGCAUAAUUGAUAGAACUGGAAUGAAAGAGUACAACCCGCUACGAAAAAAAUCAACGAAGCUAGCGAGGGUAGCCAGAGAAGAAGCACGACCUAAGCAGACAGCGCAAAAUAACACAAUUAAGUUCAUCUAUGGUGGGUGUGAAACCUCGUCUUGCGGAGAAGAAGCUGCUUGUGUUCAGUACAACACCACUGUACACUACUGCGUGUGCACAUCUAACGCAGAACCGGCAAAAGAAGGUGUAAAAUGCCCGCGAAGCACAGUGCCCCUGACUCAACGUCAAGCGAUCCACAACGUAAUCCCGCCGCGGCCGUCAAACGCCACCGACCUUAGAUAUCCACCAUCGCCACCUACCGCACAAGUGCCAAAUCCAUUCAUCAGUAGCGAAAUUUUAGCAGAAGCUACAACAGGCAGUGACACAGCCAUUGCAGGAUCAGGAUCAUACUCGAGCGCCAGUGCGCCUGUUCUUGUGAGCAUGGCAGCAGGCUGUGGUGUACUAUUGCUCUUAGUUUCAAUCCUUAUUUUCUACCUCAGAAAACGUAUAUGUAAUAUAGAAAGAAAAGACAAACCGCGUAUACGACCAGGAGAACCACUACUUGCUGAACGAUAUAUAACGAACCCGCAGUACGGUGUUUGCGGCGCAGGGAAUGUUGCGGUGCCGAUAACUGUGCCAGGAUCACCCGCUCCACUGCCAGCGAAUAAAACUAACGAGCCCCAAGUUACACUCUUGGAAAGAAAUGCUCUAACAUUCGUGGAAGAAGUAGGCGAAGGUUGUUUCGGAAAAGUUUAUAAAGGGAUUCUCAGAAGUAGUAACGAUGAACAACAAGUUGCUAUUAAAGUUCUAAAAGAUAAUGCAGGACGCAAUGCGGAAGAAGAUUUUGUUAGAGAGGUUUCUAUAAUGUCAGCAUUCCGUCACCCAAACAUUUUAACUCUUAUAGGCGUAGUAUACAAAGAUGAUACAAAUGUAAGUCCGUGGAUGGUUUUUGAAUACAUGGAAUGGGGCGACUUGGCAGGUGUUUUACGUGGUUCUCGAGGAGGUAGACAACCAGGAUUAGAACUCGAUGAAGCAGCUUUACUACACGUAGCUCUCCAAGUAGCACGUGGAAUGCAAUAUUUAGCAUCCAGGCGAUUUGUGCACAGGGACUUAGCUGCACGGAAUUGUCUAGUCGGUACAAAUUUAGCUGUCAAAAUAGCAGAUUUCGGAAUGUCACGAGACGUUUACACGUGUGAUUAUUAUAAAAUGGGUCGUGAGCGACCUAUGCCAGUGCGUUGGAUGUCACCAGAAAGUAUUGUAUAUGCUAGGUUUACACACGAGUCUGAUGUUUGGUCCUACGGUGUAGUUCUUUGGGAAAUUUAUAGUCGUGGAAAACAGCCUUUUUAUGGUUGUAAUAACUAUGACGCUUCAAAAAAGAUUUUGCGAGGAAUACUUCUAGUGCCACCAGAUGAUUGUCCUCGAUUCGCUUGUGAAUUAAUGCGCGCAUGUUGGGCCAUAGAUCCUAGGGAUAGAAUAAUGUUUGAUGAAAUUUGUACGAAACUGGAAACCGCACAAGCUAACGGAUCUGACUCUAGUCCACAAAUGCGAUUACCACGACCACCAGUAGGACCCUUAGAAUCAGAGGGCUAUCUAGUACCUAAUCCACCCCCACCGACUGUUGAUUACUUAAAGCCUCUGCCUGACAGCGAUCGGGAUACAGAUUUUAGUGAAGACGAUGAUGUGGAAGAAUACACUUGACAUUUAAAACCGACACCAAGCUCACAAUAUGUUCCCCGCUUUUCACCAAUGGCUGGUGCUAGGUGGACUGCCUUCACAUUCCUAACGAAAAUGAACAAUGAACAGUUCGAAUGCUAAAAAAAAUAUUCGUUUUACUGAAAUGACCAAAUUAAACUUAAUAAAAAGGAAUGUACUGUCUAUAUGAUUUUAAUGUAGAAAGAAUACUCAACUAUAACAAUUAUGAUGUGUGAUAUUUUUCCUAAAUAUACCUACAUAUUAAACAAUUAAAUGUGUCGUGUGUGUAAAUAACCUCUUAAAACAAUUGAUGACGACUACUGAGUGAUCGUCAUUUUGAAUAGUGUGCCAUAAAAUGUUUAUACCAAAAAUAUAUAUGUGAUGAUUGAUGUAUUAAUUAUCA